GUACGGUGGAGGAAGCUUCCCUCUUUCGGCGCAGCACCACCACCUAUUUAUGGCUCCUCCGCGACCUUCCACUCUUCAUCACUCCUCCUCCUCCUCUUCUCCACACUCCUCCCUCCUCACUCUUCUGAUCAGUCCAAAAAAUUCCGUCCUUUCUCUGCUAUUCGAUCGCCGAAAUCCCCACUGAUCAAUGGAAGGCUUUUCUGAUUCCGAUCGUCUCCUUCUCGAGAGGAUCAGUCGUCACCUGCUCGGCGACUCUUCGCCUUGCGUCUCGUUUCCUGCCGACGACCUGUUGGAUUCCCGUCCAAGAGAGAGUGUAGUGGUCGGAGGCUUUUGUGGUUUUCCGGUACAAACUAGUGGUUUUGAGAAGAUGACCGACGCCCCCGGCGUUUCGGAGUUUGAUAUUGACGACCUUUUGGGUGAAUUCGGUGAUUUUGAUGGCUCCUGCUCCGGUACGUCGGAAUUUAGUGAUGCGAACAUCGACAAAUCCGACGCCUGCUCUGCGGAAAUCCUCGAGCCGAAAGUGGAGAUCUUCGACGUGUCUUUCAGCGCCGGCUGUUUCGGUGAGAGCCAUGGCUUCCACUCGCCGGUCUCCGAGCAAAAGAUCGUCCUCCCGAGCGCUGCUCCUCCGGCCACCGUUGGAGUCAAAUGCCGCCGACCUCCGUCGCUGAACUUCUCCCAACCACGACCGGCACCCGAGCUGUCGGGGAACCGUGUGGACGUUGAGGAGCCGAGUAGGCGCUACCGAGGAGUGAGGCGCAGGCCAUGGGGGAAGUUCGCCGCGGAGAUCCGGGAUCCGGCGAGGCAGGGCGCUAGGGUUUGGCUGGGAACUUUCGACACCGCGGCCGAAGCUGCCCGGGCCUACGACCGGGCUGCGUUCGAGAUGAGGGGGAGGAAGGCCAUUCUCAACUUCCCGCUCGAGGCCGGCGUUGGCAUGGUGUGCGGGAUCGACGGGGCUGGAACGAAGAGGAAGGAAGACAAGAAUGACAGUAGAGAGGCAGAGCUCCCGGCGACGAAGAAGGGGAGGCACGACGUGCCGGAGAGCUACGAACUAAAGGCUGUUGUCCACGACGCCGCGCCACUGACGCCGUCCAUUUGGUCGAGCCUGACGGAUGUGAAGGGGAUCUUCUCCAUCCCUCCCUUGUCACCGUUGUCGCCGCACCCGUUCUUGGGACAUCCCCAGCUUCUGGUCGUCUAACUUACAAACUCCCGCAGGACAUGUUCGACUGGGAAAAAUUUUCCAUCAUUGUCUCCCAACAACUUCAGAAUGAUCAAAAUGGCGCUGCCACUCAUGAUCAGCACCAACAGUUCCCCAAUUGGAGCACAUGAAACUGUUAGUUUGUAAAAACGAAAUGUACAUAUAACAAUUCUUUCCAAUUGAAUUAAUGAAUCGGUUUCUUCUCAA